ACGUAAGUAAAUCACAUUUAUUGCUAACACACCUUGGUACGUAUUCACUAGCCAUGGAGGUGUUCGGGAAACAAUGCAAAUACAUCAACGAAGGGAACGUCCAUAUCGUUCUAGAAGUUGUCGGAACUGAUUAUGUUCUGCGGCUCAUCAAACAGGACGGGCAGCAGAUAAACGUGAAUGACGUCCGAGAUUCAGUGAAUUUCGUAAAUUUAGUCAUGAUACCGCUGUUAAAUAACAAUUUUCAAUGCAAAGAGGUCAUUGUGACUAUGGCAGAAGAGGAAGCGAGCAGAUUGAGCCACGCCCUUUAUCACAUUCGACCCACUCACAGACACUUCAAGUCCAUUCUUAGUCAGUAUGCAAUUAGAGCACCGAAUCUUGCCCUGGUCAGUCCGCUGUGCGAGACCAACUACUGCGUCGAAAUCAAACCGAAGGAAGGUUUCAUAUCCAAAUCGCUCUGUGCUCAUUCUAAAUGCUACUUUUGUCUAAAACAAUACUUGAAAGUAGAGACAAAUAAAGUUGAGAAACACAGUUCAUAUUGUCCAUUAGAUCUGUUCUCCGGAGAUAAAUACAGAAUGCGCGAUGCUCUACUCCAUCUCAUAGAAAACCCUCAGAACAAUUUCAAACUUUUUAAGAAUGGUGUGGUCAUUUAUGAUGAUAAAUCAGAUUUGAAGACUUUUCAUAAUAUAAUUGAAAGAAUAAAUAUCUUUGGCACGACUGAUGGAUUUUUAAAUUUCAUCAUACAAUUGUUACUGGCUGAUGAUUUUAGUUCAGAUUUAGACCUCAAAGAAACUAAAGCUAGUGUUAAAUAUUUCAAAAUACAAAAAAGGAAUGAAUGUGUCGAUGAUUCCAUUUUGACUUCCAACACAUUCCUGUACAAACUGCUAGAGCUUCAGAAGCUUGGGGACAGUGUUAAUUUUGACGUAACAAAUUAUUUGAAACAUGAAGAUGGAGGAUAUGUCUCGAUGAUAAUAGAAAAUGCUGCUAAUCUGAAUCUCGGUGAAGCCAAAGACAAAGAGCACUUCUUUAAAAAUUUGGAGCCUGUACAUAGGGCAUUGAUAGCUGCCGUGGCAAGAGACUGCUCUAUAAUGAUCAGCUUUUCUCCAAACUAUGUGGAGAACAUUCCGUGUGUCCAAAAGAAGGAACACAAGAUAAUGUACAGAGUUUCUGUGACAGAUCUGGAACCAAAAUCUAUUAAAAACUUAGUUAAACGAAAAGAGACUGAAAGUGAAAUGAUUGAGAUAUACCAGAGGUAUAUGAAACAGAAAUGAGUGAAAGUGUAAUAAAAUAGCAAAAGGCUUAGGACACAGAUAAUAAAAAUUAAGUGUCAACCUUACCUCAAGAUAGAACCCAAUUAUUAUUUUUAACUUUUUUAGUAUUCACAUUAUAAUAUAGAUAAUAAGUAUCAAAUAAAUUAUAUUUGAAACAUAAAUAAUGCAGACAAUUAGAAAUAGGUUCAUUUUGUUACAGAAUCCAACCGCACACUGAGACAAGAUCUAAACAACUAGAAGCAUGGGAACAAUUAAUAACAGAUUAUUUGAAGGCAACAAAACAA